AUGAGGCGCUUGUGGGGCGCGGCCCGGAAGCCCUCGGGCGCGGGCUGGGAGAAGGAGUGGGCGGAGGCGCCGCAGGAGGCUCCCGGGGCCUGGUCGGGCCGGCUGGGCCCCGGGCGCAGUGGAAGAAAGGGACGGGCGGUGCCCGGUUGGGCGUCCUGGCCAGCUCACCUUGCCCUGGCGGCUCGCCCCGCCCGGCACUUGGGAGGAGCAGGGCAGGGCCCGCGGCCUUUGGAUUCUGGGACCGCCCCCUUCCAUUCCCGGGCCAGCGGCGAGCGGCAGCGACGGCUGGAGCCGCAGCUACAGCAUGAGAGCCGGUGCCGCUCCUCCACGCCUGCGGACGCGUGGCGAGCGGAGGCAGCGCUGCCUGUUCGCGCCAUGGGGGCACCGUGGGGCUCGCCGACGGCGGCGGCGGGCGGGCGGCGCAGGUGGCGCCGAGGCCGGGGGCUGCCAUGGACCGUCUGUGUGCUGGCGGCCGCCGGCUUGACGUGUACGGCGCUGAUCACCUACGCUUGCUGGGGGCAGCUGCCGCCGCUGCCCUGGGCGUCGCCAACCCCGUCGCGACCGGUGGGCGUGCUGCUGUGGUGGGAGCCCUUCGCGGGGCGCCACAGCGCCCCGAGGCCGCCCCCUGACUGCCGGCUGCGCUUCAACAUUAGCGGCUGCCGCCUGCUCACCGACCGCGCGUCCUACGGAGAGGCUCAGGCCGUGCUUUUCCACCACCGCGACCUCGUGAAGGGGCCCCCCGACUGGCCCCCGCCCUGGGGCGUCCAGGCGCACACUGCCGAGGAGGUGGAUCUGCGCGUGUUGGACUACGAGGAGGCAGCGGCGGCGGCAGAAGCCCUGGCGACCUCCAGCCCCAGGCCCCCGGGCCAGCGCUGGGUUUGGAUGAACUUCGAGUCGCCCUCGCACUCCCCGGGGCUGCGAAGCCUGGCAAGUAACCUCUUCAACUGGACGCUCUCCUACCGGGCGGACUCGGACGUCUUUGUGCCUUAUGGCUACCUCUACCCCAGAAGCCACCCCGGCGACCCGCCGUCAGGCCUGGCCCCGCCACUGUCCAGGAAACAGGGGCUGGUGGCAUGGGUGGUGAGCCACUGGGACGAGCGCCAGGCCCGGGUCCGCUACUACCACCAACUGAGCCAACAUGUGACCGUGGACGUGUUCGGCCGGGGCGGGCCGGGGCAGCCGGUGCCCGAAAUUGGGCUCCUGCACACAGUGGCCCGCUACAAGUUCUACCUGGCUUUCGAGAACUCGCAGCACCUGGAUUAUAUCACCGAGAAGCUCUGGCGCAACGCGUUGCUCGCUGGGGCGGUGCCGGUGGUGCUGGGCCCAGACCGUGCCAACUACGAGCGCUUUGUGCCCCGCGGCGCCUUCAUCCACGUGGACGACUUCCCAAGUGCCUCCUCCCUGGCCUCGUACCUGCUUUUCCUCGACCGCAACCCCGCGGUCUAUCGCCGCUACUUCCACUGGCGCCGGAGCUACGCUGUCCACAUCACCUCCUUCUGGGACGAGCCUUGGUGCCGGGUGUGCCAGGCUGUACAGAGGGCUGGGGACCGGCCCAAGAGCAUACGGAACUUGGCCAGCUGGUUCGAGCGGUGA